AUGCAUUCCCAAUACCUCUCUGCGCUCGCGCUCGCUUUGCCGGUCGUUGCGGGCUAUACUUCGACUCUAGGCUGCUACUCCAAGGUUUCUUCUCUGACAAACCAGGCCGGGUUCCAAUUCAUGGACUAUGGCUGGUGCACAGAUAAAUGCUCUGAGGGCGGAUACCGUAUUGCCGCCCUGAGUGGCGGCAAGAGUUGCGCUUGCUCUGAUAAGCUCCCCGCCGAAUCCGCAAAGGUCGAUGAUGAUAAGUGCAAUAUCGAUUGCCAAGGCUGGCCUGAGGAUAAAUGCGGAGGUGACGGAUUCUAUACUGUUCUCAGCACGGGCGAUUACUCCAGCUCGAACUCGGACUCGAACUCGGAUUCCGACUCGCCUUCAACAGACACCAUCAUCAUGGCUGCUACAACCUCUACCAACUCUUCUCCCACCACCGCUGGCGGCGGAAUCGUUGUCGCACCUACAAAUAUCAACGAGUCCAACGUACCCACCAACAUCCUGACCGCACCGGCAUCUAUGGUUUCCAAGGCCAGCGCUAGCGCCUCGGCCAUUGCCACCGCAAAUGCAAAGGUCACAUCUGCCCCUGGCAUCACCGCCGCAAGCGCGAGCUCUACACCCUCUUCCACCAAUGCCGCCGCCACUCUCCGCGCUGGUCCCAUAGCCGGCGCUUUCGUUGCUGGCCUUGGUCUGCUUCUGUAA